AUGUCAGGUGCUUCAGACUUCCUCACCAAAGGCAUAGACCUUAUUCAGAAGGCCAUAGAUGCAGAUACUGCCACGCGCUACGAAGAGGCAUACAAGCUUUACUAUAAUGGGUUGGACUACUUGAUGCUUGCGUUGAAGUAUGAGAAGAACCAGAAACUGAAGGAGUUGAUCAAGUCGAAGUUUACCGAGUACCUUUCUCGUGCAGAGCAGUUGAAGGACUUUUUGGAGAAACAGCUGCUGAAGAAUAAUGCUGCCGAGCUGUCGGCGUCUGGAGGUUCUACCAAGGCUAAGAAGGAUGGGGAUGACGAUGAUGCUGAUACGAAGAAGCUUCGUGGAGCAUUAGCAGGUGCUAUUCUUUCAGAAAAGCCCAAUGUGCAAUGGAGCGAUAUUGCUGGUUUGGAAACCGCCAAGGAUGCGUUGAAAGAGGCUGUCAUUCUUCCAGUGAAGUUUCCCCAGCUUUUCACGGGAAACAGAAAACCUACGUCUGGUAUCUUGUUGUACGGUCCUCCAGGUACGGGUAAAUCGUACUUGGCUAAAGCAGUGGCCACCGAGGCUAACCUGACUUUCUUUUCGGUUUCCUCCUCUGACCUUGUGUCGAAGUGGAUGGGAGAGUCUGAAAGAUUGGUUAAGCAAUUGUUCAGCAUGGCCCGUGAAAACAAGCCGUCCAUUAUUUUCAUCGAUGAAGUCGACGCCUUGUGUGGCCCUAGAGGCGAGGGUGAGAGUGAAGCGCUGCGGAGAAUCAAGACGGAGCUUUUGGUUCAGAUGAACGGUGUGGGUAACGACUCCCAGGGUGUUUUGGUUCUUGGCGCUACUAAUAUUCCAUGGCAAUUGGAUGCUGCCGUGAGAAGAAGAUUCGAAAGAAGAAUCUAUAUCGCAUUGCCUGAAUUGGAGGCUCGUAAACGUAUGUUUGAGUUGAACAUCGGCGAGGUGCCUUGUGAAUGUAAUCAGCAGGAUUUGAGGGUUUUGGCUGAAAUGACCGAUGGCUACUCUGGUCACGAUAUUGCUGUGGUCGUGAGAGAUGCCUUGAUGCAGCCAAUUAGAAAAAUUCAGCAAGCUACCCACUUUAAGCCUGUUGAAGAAGACGGCGUAGAGAAGCUCACGCCAUGUUCUCCUGGCGACGACGGUGCCCGCGAAAUGAGCUGGCUCGAUAUCGGCACCGACGAGUUGAAGGAGCCUGACUUGACGAUCAAGGAUUUCAUCAAGGCUGUCAAGAGCAACAGGCCUACGGUCAACGCCCAGGAUAUCGAAAACCACACCAAAUUCACCAACGACUUUGGCCAGGAGGGAAACUAG